CUGCGUUGCUACAGGGAUACAGAAAUGGAAAUUCAGGGGCUUCCAGAUGCCCAAAACAUUCAUUCGCAACAUGGCGUCCUCCUCGACAGGACUUCACCCCACGCCCAGCCAAAGAGUUGGUCAGCAUCUCGGCUUAUUUCGAACGAAAAUGAAACAGCUAGUCCUCAGCAAAGCGCGCGGCCAGAGAGUGACGCUAACAACAACAGGCCGACGCCGCCACCGCCGCACUUCUGCCUGCUAGCUAAAGAUGGCAGCGAGACCAGUUCGACUGCUGACUGCAAACAAGGCAACGAGACGGAGGGUUGUGUCAUUGCGACGCUUGGCGACGUCAACACAGAGACCGUUCACGACAGCAGCCAGCUGUUUGGUUUGUAUGAGUUUGCUACGCCUUUGAUGAGAAACGAAGCGGUGCUGCUAAACGCGCUUCCUGUUGAAGGAGCGAGAGAAGCGACGGUCGGACGGCAGCGGGAGGACGGUUCCAACGUGAGAGCCAGUGACACCGCCGCGACCAGAAGCUGCACCAUGCCGACUAGACAUGACAGGAACGCUCAGGGAGUAUACGUUGUUUUGAACGUUUUCAAAGACGAGAAAGGCACAGACCACGACGAUUUCCCCUCCAAGAUCGGCAUAAUACGCCACGUAACUGAGGAACGGCGAUUUGAAACCGUGGACACGAGAAUAAACGUCGUUUUAAGCGGCUGCACGACCGAGCCGUCUGACUCAGAGCUUCGCUCCGUGAAUCCUAUUUUUCACUUGCCAGACUCGUCGAACGGAAACUCGACUGUUGCGGAUCGAACAGCCGAGGGCUUGGUUUUGUCAGGCAAGACUGAUAGAGGAAUGUCCAUCGAAACGAAAGGCAACGAACUUGCUGAACGUGGACGGCUUAUUUCUGAAACCUCUCAUUUGCUGCAAGACAUUGGGACGCCUGAUCUGAUCGCUGACCAAGGAGGUUCAGCUUCACUGACCGACUCCGCGAGUCCGACAACGUGUGACGCUUUCUCUGGCACUGUAACGAUCAAUAACCAGAGCAUCACUGUGAACGUAGAAAACGGCAUCCUGUCACUGGCUGCCCCAGUGGGAACCUAUGUGCAGAAGGAGAGCACACCUAGUUCAAAGACGGACAGUGUUCAUUUCACUCAUGUAGGCGGAAGUAAAGCCAAUGGACAGUUAAGCGCAUUGUCGAUUACAAGUCUUUCUCCAAAUAGUUGUUCCUUAUCAGCAAUGCACCAUACUGUUGAUCCAUGUUCCAUUGUCAAACAAGAGGACGGCGUGACUAUUCAGUCAAGAAAGUUAACUUUGUCGCCCUGUGAUGAUGCAAAUGUCAAAACUCUGUCUGUGUUCAGGUCUAAGAAAGAUGCGGUGACCUCAUUUAGCUGCCCAGAACCGGCUUGUUCCUUAGCAUUUGAUUCCAGACAGAAACUCAAAGUUCAUCUUCUGACUCAUGCUGAUGACCCUCGGCCUUACCAGUGCUCAGUGGAGGGUUGUGGCUGGACUUUUACGACAUCUUACAAACUAAAACGGCAUCUUCUUUCCCAUGACAAGCAGCGCCCGCACACAUGCCAAUUUGAAGGCUGUGGACGAUGCUUUUCAACUGUUUACAAUCUCAAAGCUCACUUUAAAGUGCAUGUGCAGGAUCAUGGCUUCAUCUGCGAUGUCUGCAGUGAAAAGUUUCGCAGUGCAACGAGGCUCGCCAGUCAUCAGAGGAUCCAUUUUGAACCACAGCGGCCAUACAAGUGUGAAUUUUCAGGUUGUGAGAGGACAUUCAUUACCUUCAGUGCCCUUUUCUCGCACAAGCGCACGCACUUCAAAGAAAUGGGAGAUUUCACCUGCACAUAUCCAGGAUGCAGCAAAACCUAUGACAAAGCUUGUCGCCUCAAAAUUCAUCUCAGAAGUCAUACUGGUGAAAGACCAUUCAUAUGUGAUUCUGCUGGCUGUGGCUGGUCUUUUACCAGCAUGUCAAAGUUGCUACGACAUAAAAGAAAACAUGAUGAUGACAGACGCUUUGUGUGCAAAGAAGAAGGAUGUGGGAAAUCCUUUACGCGUGCUGAACAUCUUAAGGGGCACAGUAUCACUCAUCUUGGCACAAAGCCAUUCCAAUGCCACACUGAAGGUUGUAAUGCCAGGUUUUCAGCACGCAGCAGCCUGUACAUCCACUCCAAGAAACACAAGCAAGAUGCAAACUCCUUGAAGACCCCUUGUCCUGUGUCCAACUGUUCCAAGUACUUCUCAUCACGCAGCAGCCUGAAAAGCCACAUGCUGAAGCAUCACAACAUGAGUUCUGAUGUUCUUAUGCAGAUGGAGACGAUGCCCACUCUUACACCAAGUAAUGAGCUCAUCACCUCCAGUCAUGUUCCGGCUUCCACUUCCACUAUUGCCAAAGGGGACCAGUUUACUAACUUGGACCUAAGCUCACUUUUCUCAAAUAUAUCUGGAGGUACAUCGGUCCCUGCCAGCAUUGGGGUUGGAAUUCCUAUUAAUGGUAGCACCCCUAAAAGCUUCUACAGAAUGGAUCUUUCCAUGGCCAGUUCAGGUAUCAUUAGUAUAGACCCUUCAACCGUCAGGCCGACGCUGGGUUCUAUCAGUAGUGGUACUGGAACAAAGCCCAUGGAGUCCUUAGCACUCUCUUCUACCACCAACAUGGGAUCUCAACGUGCUUUAGAGGCUAGUGUUGGCGACAUCCUGCUGACUCAGGACACUCUCAAUCUAGAUGAUGUUCAAAUGAUAACAAGUUUGGGAACACUCACAGCUCUAACUAUUCAGACGACCACUUCCACUGACUCAGCAUUGCAGAUCCCACUGGGGUCCUCAAGUGCCGUCUGUGUUGAGCCUCCUACAACUGUUGCUGUGACUCCAGUCUCAGAAUUACUCACCCAAACGUCAAAGGUGGUGGAUAGCAGUAGUGGCUCGUUGGUAGGAGCCAAAGUCGACGCACAGUAUGUUGUUCCGACUCAAAGUAGCAGCUGCCCCCUGCCGACGCAGUCAGAAAUGAAGGCCCGGUCACCACCAAACCUUUUCCUGGAAGGUGGAGGCUCCGCCAGAACCGACUAUAGAGCGAUUCAGCUUGCAAAGAAAAAUAAGCAAAAUGGACCACCGUCCUCUAAUGGUAGAGUGAGUCAAAGAAAAACGAAAGGAGAAAAAACGGCUCCUUUCGCUGAAAGUGCUUCAGCAUCCAGUGUGGGACCAACGCUGAGGGACCCUGUCGCUGGCGCUCAAUAUGUUCAGAUUCAACUGCUACAGGAUGAUCCAACUCCUGAUGGGGACCUGGCCUUCCAGUUAACCUCGCAGCCCUCGACUUCACAUACUCAACUUACCACUGAUCUCCCUGUUCAUAUUCUACAGGAGCCUACACUGAUGACUGAGGAGAACGGCUUGGAUAACUCACAGUUUACAGGAAGCACAAUAAAUCUGCAGGACUUGGAAUGAAUGAUAAAACCUUCUCAGCUAUGCACUCUUACAUGUACAUUUUGUUGGAAUCUCAGCCAGUGCAUAGUCUUUCUGCUUCUCUCUCCACCCUAAAUACAGGAAUGCUCAAUGGCCUGCACUCAAGUUCCAUCGCAUUGGCUUUCCCUAAUCACCUUUCUUUAUAUUACGUCUGUCUAUAGCUUGUAAAAAUAAACAGAAAACAUUUAUUUAUUCCUAAACUGAGGUAUACAAUGUUGAAAAAUAAAGUAAAAUUUGAAAAGUUUCCGUUGAAGUCGGUUUUGAAUGCAAUAUACACUUCGAAGUGUAUUCAGGCCACCAAUGAAUGAACAAAUGUUAAUUUCAGUCUCUCAUAAUACGUUCUAAUUACAUUUGACUUCUGUAUGUCUUUCAUUUCUUUGCUUUAUAUAACAUUGCUUCUGAUAGUGUGCAUCAUUUUUUCUUCCAUUUCACAGAUUGAAAAGGAUUAAAGUGGAGAACAGUUUCCCGACCUGUGA